GGGCCGGGAUGAGGGGCUGUGGCGGCGCGGCCCGCGAGCAGCCGGAGGGGCGGUGCCUUCCUGACUGACGGUGGAGGGAGAGUCCCGAUGAUCCGCUGACUUCUGUCCACCCGGGUCCUCAGGAAAAGACUGCAAUGUCCCAGACGAGGGAUUAUGAAUGUGACAGCCACGAUGCUGGCGUGCAAGAGCCCCGGAUUUCAGGGUCAAGCACGAGGCUGGAGUGGGUGGAGAUCAUCGAGCCGCGCACCCGAGAGCGCAUGUAUGCCAACCUGGUCACGGGCGAGUGCGUGUGGGACCCUCCUGCCGGCGUCCGCAUCAAGCGCACCAGCGAGAACCAGUGGUGGGAACUGUUUGACCCCAACACUUCCCGCUUCUACUAUUACAAUGCCAGCACCCAGCGCACCGUGUGGCACCGGCCGCAGGACUGCGACAUCAUCCCUCUGGCCAAGCUGCAGACCCUGAAGCAGAACACCGAGUCACCCCGCGCCUCGGCGGAGAACAGCCCCGGGCGGGGCAGCAGCGUCAGCCGCGAGGGCAGCACCAGCUCCUCCCUGGAGCCCGAGCUGGAUGCCGGCGAGAAGGUGCAGGAGCCUGCAGGGAGGGCCAGCCGGCAGGCCGCUUUCGGGGCUCUGAAGGAAGAAAGCAGCAGUUCUUCACCACCGGGAGUGUUCCUUGAGAAGGACUAUGAGAUUUACCGGGAUUAUAAUGUGGAUGGACAACUACUACACUACAGGACCUCCUCACUUCGGUGGAACUCGGGCACCAAGGAGCGCAUGCUCAUCAAAGUUGCUGACCGGGAGCCCAGCUUCCUCUCCUCCCAGGGCAAUGGCUAUGCCCUAGACACACAGUCUGGCAGCCGCUCCCGCAGACCAUCUGGCGGACAGCACUCGCCCGGCCUGCAGACGUUCGCCCCAGACUCUGAUGGCCCCGUCUUCUUCCCUGAACGGAGGCCAUCACCCUUCCUGAAGAGGGCCGAGCUGGGGAGCUGCUCCCCGCUGCUGGCCCAGCCACGCAAGCCUACCAGCGACUCACAGCCCUCCUCCCCUCGCUAUGCCUAUGAGCCCCCCCUCUACGAGGAGCCCCCUGUGGAGUACCAGGCUCCUAUCUAUGACGAGCCGCCCAUGGACGUCCAGUACGAGGCUGGCGGGGGCUACCAGGCCGGCUCACCCCAGAGGUCUCCAGGCCGCAAGCCAGCACCCUUCCCACAGUCACCCAAGCAGGGCUCCACCUCGCCCUACCAGCAGCUGGUGCUGACCCGGCAGAAGUGCCCCGAGCGUUUCUUGAGCCUGGAGUACAGCCCUGCAGGCAAGGAGUACGUACGGCAGCUGGUGUACGUGGAGCAGGCCAGCUCAAGUCCCAAGCUGCGUGCAGGCCCGAGGAACAAGUGUGCACCCAACCCUGGGGGUGGCUCCCUGCCCCUGCAGCCCAGCCCCUGCCUGCUGCGGGAUCAACGCCUGGGGGUCUCCUCUGGGGACUACAGCAGCAUGGAGGGUCCAGAGCUACGGCACGCCCAGCCACCCAUGCAGCUGCCCCAGGCCCAAGAUGAUGCUAUGUCCUGGUCCAGCCAGCAGGACACCAUGUCCUCGACAGGCUAUUCCCCGGGCACCCGCAAGAGGAAGAGCAGGAACCCCUCUCUGUGCCAUGUCCCCAGCGCCUCAUCCACUGAAGGCCCAGGGGACCGUGACCUCCUCACUGAGCAGCCCCCAGCUGAGGAGCGGCCCCUGUGUGGGCCCAGCCUGGCCCCAGUGAAACGUGCAGAGGGCAAGACUGGCGAGGCUGAGCCCUUUCUGGCGCAGGCACGGCUGGCCUGGGAGGCGCAGCAGGCCCACUUUCACCUGAAGCAGAGGGGCAGCUGGGACUCCCAGCAGGACGGCUCAGGCUACGAGAGUGACGGGGCGGUGCCUCUGCCCCUGCCCGGGCCCGUGGUGCGCGCCUUCAGUGAGGACGAGGCUCUGGCCCAGCAGGAGGGCAAGCACUGGCAGAGGGGCGCCUUGGAGAGGCUCGCUUUCCCCCAGAUCCUGCUGGAGAAGAGCAUCUCUGUGCAGACCAACCUGGCGUCACCAGAGCCCUACCUUCACCCCUCACAGUCCGAGGACCUCGGUUCCUGUGCCCAGUUUGAGAGUAGCCGCCAGGCCCGCAGCGUGAUGCCCAGCGCUAGCUGCGUGUUCCCCACCUUCACACUGCGCAAGCCGUCCUCGGAAACUGACAUCGAGAACUGGGCCUCCAAGCACUUCAACACACAUACCCAGGGCCUCUUCCGGCGGAAGGUGUCCAUUGCCAACAUGCUGGCCUGGAGUAGUGAGUCCAUCAAGAAGCCCAUGAUUGUGACCAGCGACCGCCACGUGAAGAAGGAGGCUUGUGAGAUCUUCAAACUGAUCCAGAUGUAUAUGGGUGACCGGCGCGCCAAGGCAGACCCGCUACAUGUGGCCCUGGAAAUAGCCACCAAGGGCUGGAGCGUGCAAGGCCUGCGGGAUGAGCUCUAUAUCCAGCUGUGCCGGCAGACCACUGAGAACUUCCGCCUCGAGAGCCUGGCUCGCGGCUGGGAGCUCAUGGCCAUCUGCUUGGCCUUCUUCCCACCCACACCCAAGUUCCACUCCUACCUGGAGGGCUACAUUUACCGGCACAUGGACCCCGUCAAUGACACCAAAGUGACGCAGCAUAUGAAAGCGCUCCUGGAAAGGAACACUAAGAAGAAGUCCAAGUUGAGAAAGAAACCCAAGCCUUAUGUUGAGGAGCCGGAUGGGGUGGCGAUAAGCACAUACGCCAAGUACUGUUACCACAAGCUGCAGAAGGCGGCCCUGACAGGGGCCAAGAAGGGGCUGAAGAAGCCCAACGUGGAGGAGAUCCGGCACGCCAAGAACGCCGUGUUCAGCCCGUCCAUGUUUGGCAGUGCGCUGCAGGAGGUCAUGAGCAUGCAGAAGGAGCGUUACCCUGACCGGCAGCUGCCCUGGGUACAGACACGUCUAUCUGAGGAGGUGCUAGCGCUCAACGGUGACCAGACGGAAGGCAUCUUCAGGGUCCCUGGGGACAUUGAUGAGGUGAACGCCCUGAAGCUACAGGUAGACCAGUGGAAGGUGCCCACAGGCUUGGAGGACCCCCACGUCCCUGCGUCGCUGCUGAAGCUGUGGUAUCGGGAGCUGGAAGAGCCUCUGAUCCCGCACGAGUUCUACGAGCAGUGCAUCGCGCACUAUGAGAGCCCUGAGGCCGCCGUGGCCGUGGUGCACGCGCUGCCCCGCAUCAACCGCCUGGUGCUGUGCUACCUCAUCCGCUUCCUUCAGGUGUUCGUGCAGCCCGCCAACGUGGCCAUCACCAAGAUGGACGUCAGCAACCUGGCCAUGGUCAUGGCGCCCAACUGCCUGCGCUGCCGGUCGGAUGACCCGCGCGUCAUCUUCGAGAACACUCGCAAGGAGAUGUCGUUCCUACGCGUGCUCAUUCAGCACCUGGACACCAGCUUCAUGGAGGGCGUGCUAUAGCACGUGGGCCCCAAGGACCGAGGGUGGGGACAGAGCCGACGCUCGGGAGCGCCCGGGCAGGGGAGCACGCGGGGAGGGGGGAGGGAACGCCCCAGCCGCGGAGGCAGCAUGCCAGGCCCCGCCCAUGCCCGCCCCAGCCCUGGAAGCCCCCAUCUCUCCCCCCAGGCCCUUGGCCUGAGGUCGCAGCCAGGGCAGAGGGGCUGUGGGAAGGGCGUCUCUGUCCGCCCCCCUCCCAUCCCGCGGCCUCGUGGCCAGUUCUGUGGGCACCGCCCCCGCCCACCGCCGGCCGGUCAGCCCCGAGAAAGUGCCUUCUGUUUCCUGGAGCCAAGUGACACUGCCCCUCCCGGCCGGCCGGAGAGCACACGCCACCCUCCCCUGGGGUGAGCUGCCUCGCUGGGGCUCCUGUGCUCAGCCUGGCCCUGGCCUGGACCCUGCCCGGCUGCCCCUCUUUCCUCUGCUCGCCCCCUUCUCCUCCGUUUCCUUACUGGCCGCAGUCUCCUCCUGCCCCCCCCUCCCCUUCCACCACCUGUGGCCUCCAACGGGGAGACUGCGCAGGAAUUUGGGGACCCCAGGGCACUGGGCUGUCCCAUCACCAGAGCAGGACUGGCAGGCUCUCUCUGCGUAGGGAGGAGCCCCCAAACCAAAGUCCUCUGGGGUCGGGGGCAGGGUUGGGCAGGCAUUCUUGGGGCGGGGUGGGGGAGGGGCAAGAGUAUUUUUUCUUCGUGUAACUAUAAAUUCAGAAUCUAUCCAGCACACCAACCCGCCUGUGUAUAGAGAUAUAGAGGGAAAGAUAUAAGAACUAAAUUUGCUAAUGACAUAGUUUUAACCCAAAUGCUAUUUAUCUCUGAGCCGUCCUAGCCUGUCCUCUGCAGAGCAAGUUGAUCUCACUCCUUCAUUUUCUUCGCCACUUUCUUGGCUUCUGACCAAAAACCAAACCCUGCCCCGUCCCCAUCUGGGACCUGCAGUUGAAGAGAGGGAAGGAACCGCAAGCUGGGGAACCAGGGAGCGCCCAGGAUUGCCCUUCCUCAAGGCCAGAGCUGGGGUAGGAAGUACCUAGACUCUCAGUUUGUACAUUUUCCAUCUUGGAAUUUUGAGUUCCAAUUGUAAAACUUAAUUUCUCCCCAGUUUAUAUAUAUAUAUAUAUAUAUAUAUAUUUUUUAGAGUUGAGUUUUUAUUUAUUAAAAACAAAAAAGCCCAGCCCUUGCCGUGGCCCGGCUGUCCCCUGAGGCAGCGUCCUCAGCCGGUGGUCUCCGGGCCAGAGGUGGGUGGCCCGGCCACAGACUCUCGCUCUGACGCAUGGACUCAAGAGGUGACAACACUUUGUGUGAAUAAAGUACAUACGGACACUUGA